AUGAGGUUGGUAGCAGAGAGGGCUAUGACAGCCACAACCAGUAACUCCAAGGCAGUGCUAUCGAUCUGUGUUGCCUACACUUCCACUGAUGAGAUUGUGCAUUCUGUUCAAGAAUCUUGCCAAGAAAAAUGGGAUGAACUCAAAUUACUUGAAGAAAGUGGUAUUGGGUAUGGUUUAAUUGGACUUGGAGCCAAUGAAAUGAACAAAGGAGAUGAUAUUAUUAGUGUGCCAGAUGUUGAGAAACAUAUGUAUAUGGCAGUCACACCCGACCCUGAUAUUUUGAUCCGUACUUCCGGAGAUGGAUUCAUGAACGCAGUUAUGAAGCGCAUCAGAAUCAACAAGAUCGAGUAG